GCCCGGCCGUGGCUGUGCGGGAGAGCGGCGGCCCCGGCGGACGGAGCCCCGCGGGCACCAUGAGCGGUUCACAGACCAACGACACUAAAAGACAAUUUCUUCUAGAACGGCUGCUGGAUGCAGUUAAACAGUGUCAAAUACGAUUUGGAGGAAGAAAAGAAAUUGCUUCAGACUCAGAUAGCAGAGUGACCUGUUUGUGUGCUCAGUUUGAAGCUGUGUUCCAGCAUGGCCUGAGGAGGAGCCGGGGGUUGGCACUGACAGCAGCUGCAAUCAAACAGGCAGCAGGUUUCUCCAGCAAAACUGAAACAGAGCCAGUGUUCUGGUACUAUGUGAAGGAGGUGCUGAACAGGCACGAGCUGCAGCGCUUCUACUCCCUGAAGGCCAUCACGAGUGACAUCGGCAGGGGCCGGGCCUGGCUGCGCUGUGCUCUGAACGAGCAUUCCCUGGAAAGAUACGUGCACAUGCUGCUUGCAGAUAAGGGUCGCCUCAGUGUCUUCUAUGAAGACUGGUCUUUUAUGAUGGAUGAGGAACGUUCUAGCAUGAUCCCUACAAUGGCAGCUGGUCUGAACUCCAUUCUUUUUGCUAUCAACAUUGAUAAUAAGGAUUUAAAUGGGCAGAGCAAAUGCACACCCACUGUGUCAGAUUUGUUGAAGGAAUCCACACAAAAUGUAACUUCCUUAUUGAAGGAGUCCACUCAGGGUGUCAGCAGCCUCCUGCGGGAGAUCACUGCCUCCUCUGCAGUCUCCAUUCUCAUCAAACCUGAGCAGGACUCUGACCCACUGCCUGUUCUGCCCAGGAGUGUCAAUGCUGAUUUGAAAUACAAAAAAGAUCGAAAAAAGAAGAAGAGGGUGACUAAUAUUAUCUCAUUUGAUGAAGAGGAAGAUGAGCAAAAUCUGGGGGAUUGCACAAAGACUCUGAUGACAGGAGAAAGUUCAGAGGAGAGUGUAGACAGAUCUUCAGUUCUUGCAUUGUCUUCAUCUGAAAGCACUCUGGGAAAAAAUCUGAAUGGGAGUGAAAGUAACCAUUCGUGGAAGAACAAUUCAGUAUUCAUGAAUGGAGAGUAUGAAUACCAGAAACUGGAUGUGAAGAGCAUUGAUGAUGAAGAUGCAGAUGAGGAUGAGCUGUAUGGAAAAUCAUUAGGAAAUAAAGGCACAGAGGGUGGAACUGAAGCUUCUGAAAAGCCUCGUGAAAUAGUCACAUGCAGUUCUCAGAUAUGCAGUUGGAGUCCUCUGCAGGUCCUGAAUGAUGACUCAGAUGUUCUAUUUCCUGUCAGUGCUGUUGGCUCUUACUCCCAAACAGAUAACUUGGAGAAUGGAGAGGGGCAUGAACAUACUGUUCAUCCGGUAGAACUGGUUCCAAGGAGAUCUGAUCUUCCUUACAGAGUGGAAGUCAGUCCUCCAGCUCAAGUGAAUACUUUAAGCAGUAUGUUGCCUUCAGCCACUGUGCCAGAAUCCAUGACAAUUAAUGAACUUCGUCAAGCUAUCGUGGCCAUGAUGAAUAGAAAGGAUGAGCUGGAAGAACAGAAUAGAUCCCUGAGGAACCUGCUGGAUGCAGAGAUGGAGCAUUCUGCAGCUCUGAGGCAGGAGGUGGAGAACUGCAGGAGGAAGGUGGCAGAGCAGGAGGAGAGACAUGCCACCAAGGUCCAGGCCUUGGCACGAGAAAAUGAGGUGCUAAAAGUGCAGCUUAAGAAGUAUGUAGGAGCUGUCCAGAUGCUCAGAAGAGAAGGUCAAACAGUGGAAGUUCUGCCAAACAUUUGGAGCACUGAUGGUGAAUUUACAAUUCCAGAGCAAAAGCAAGCAGAAAACAAUGAGGAGCUGGCCAGCUCUUAUGAAAGGAAAUUGAUUGAGGUGGCUGAAAUGCAUGGGGAGCUGAUUGAAUUCAAUGAGAGGCUGCACCGUGCUCUGAUGGCCAAGGAAGCUCUGGUGUUCCAGAUGAGACAAGAGCUCAUUGAUCUGAGAGGGCCAGUCCCUGGAGAUUUAAGUCAAACAUCUGAAGAUCAGAGUUUAUCAGAUUUUGAAAUAUCCAAUCGUGCUCUCAUCAAUGUUUGGAUUCCCUCAGUCUUCCUGCGUGGCAAAGCUGCCAAUGCAUUCCAUGUUUACCAGGUUUAUAUCAGGAUAAAGGAUGAUGAGUGGAAUGUCUAUCGAAGAUACGCAGAGUUCAGAAGCUUGCAUCAGAAAUUACAGAAUAAGUACCAGCAAGUGAGGACUUUUAACUUCCCACCAAAAAAGGCUAUUGGAAACAAGGAUGCAAAGUUUGUAGAAGAGCGACGCAAGCAGCUACAAAAUUACCUAAGGAAUGUAAUGAACAAAAUUAUUCAAACUGUGCCAGAAUUCACAGCCAAUCCCAAAAAAGAGACACUUAUUCAGCUGAUGCCCUUUUUUCUUGAUAUCCCAGCCUCUGGAGAAGCAGUGAGCAAAAGCAAUCGCUCCAGAGUGAGCACGCGCUUCCCCAGACUGUCCCGCGGCCACCCCCGUGAGCCCCGGAGCCUGGAGCCUCAGAGCGGGGACCUCUGACCCUGCUGCCCUUGGUGCCGUGGGCAGCACGUACUGGCAGUGCUUCUGUCAUCCCUUCCUAGCCUAUAUUUAUAAUUUAAGCUCCUGAAGAGACUACAGCUGCAUCAACUUAAAUCCUGAAAAGAGACAUUCAUUACCAAGGGUCAUAUCCUGAUUAACUACUUUGGAAGGCAGCAAUCACUUUCUCAAAGAAUACGAGGGCUCUUCACGAGAGCUCAGCAAACUGCUCGGCGUUUCCUUUGUUUUGUAAAGCUGCACUGCACAAAUUCUCCUUUGUUCCUCUGAAGUCCUUCUGUCACAAUGAAUUCCUUGUUUCUAUUAUGUUGUCCCUUUUCCAUGUACAGUUUUCUGUUCCAGAGAGAUGUGGGCUUCAUGUCAAGACAAUUUUUUUUUCUCCUUAGAAGGACCUUUAUGAUUAUCACUACUUAAUAUGUCAGAAGGAUGUACUUAAAAGAACCUCACUAAUUUAUUACCUUUUGUAAAUAGAAAGACUGGGUUGUUUUGGUUUUUUUUAUUGUCAACCUCUGACACACAAAGGUUUUUAAAAAAACUUCACCAUGCAGAUGAUGAGACAAACAUUACAGGUGGAAAAAUAGCUUUUGUACAUUUCUAGAUAGAUAGUCUCAAUAGCAUUCAUCUGAGGGAAGUAAUUCUUUAAAAUCAGAGAAUGUAAUUAUUUUUAGUGAAAUUUCAGUCUUUCUGUAAGGCAGGUGCAAUAUUAUUCAUUUCUACAAACCACCACAAGGAUACACAAAAGUAAUGUGGUACAAAACAGUGCUUUUAAGUCUUGGAUUAUAUUUUGUUAUUAAUUUGUGGUUUAUGUUACAGAACAGUCCAUCAUUAACAGGGCAGGGUGGAAUUCUUAAUCUGAUUUUGUAAUACCCUUCACGUGGUGAUACUUAAAAAUUGCCUGUAAUGAAAGUGCCUGUUCCCCAUCACCUCUUACUGAAAAGUAAUUUGUAAUGCUACUACUGUAAGAGUAACUAAAAAAUUGACAAGAAUUGUUACAAGUGAUGAAAGUCCUGAAAUGGAUUAACUGGAAUCCAGUUCAGCAUCCAUUAGCUGCACUGCCAUAGGCAGUUAAUUAUGUUUUAGCUAUCUUCUUCUCUUCAUUAAGUUUAAGCAGUGUAUGUUCAAAUUUUCUAUUAAUUGUGUUCUAGUUUUCCUUUAUGUAAGAACAUCAUUCCUCUCAGAAGUUUUUUUGGAUAACGUUACUUAAAUUGAUGUAUCUUGUCAUUUUACUAUCCAUUCAUUAUAUUAAAUUUUCACAUCUUAUAUUAUUCUCCAGGAAAAAAAGAAGCUGAUGAUUAAUAACAGAUUUUGUACCUCGGUGCUUUAUAAAGUUCCAGCAAACUGGAAUUUGUGUUCUGCAGUGCUGUGAGCAGUGAGUGCUGUUCAGGGAAGUCAGUGUUCAUUUGUUUCCAGUGGCUCCUCUCAGGUGAGAAAGGCUUUGUUACCCACAGGGAGUGGCACCAGCGCUGCCCGAGCAGGGUUCCCAGCACUGAAAUGUGGAACUUCCAGACUGCACUCAACAGCAAAAUGUGGCAGAGAGGAGUGGGAUUCACUCUCCAGGUCAGAAAUUUCAGUAGGUGAAAUACCACUAAGUAAAACCACAUCACAGAAAUGAACCAAUAUUUCCCAGUCAGUAAGAGAUGACAGGUACCACACAGACAAAGAGAAAAGCCCAAAGGCCAGCCUGGGAGCUCUGUGCUGUGUAUUCAUUAACAAAUUAAUUACCGUUGGUGUUUUGUGUUAGUUACAGUGGGACACUCACUUAAGAAGAAAGGAAAGUGAG